UUUUUUUAUGUCUUUUCUAGCCAGAAGAUUUAUUCCUCGCUCAAGAACAACUCGAUCUGUGUUAGGCAGUGCUUUUUUAGCUGCUGGGAUAUACGCAUACGACUCGAGAACAGAAGCGCAGUUACUUACACGUAAUUUCCGUACUUUCUAUAACGGCGUAGCACUUGCUGUUGACUAUAAAUUCAACUUUAAACCAGGACAUACAGCUGAAGAUAACCAGCGUAUUGAGCAAUUGCAUACUCGAGUAGCUAACCGCAUAUUUGACGUGUUUGAAAAAAAUGGUGGGCUUUAUAUAAAAAUUGGCCAAGUGAUUGGUACUCAAGCAGCAGUUUUACCUACCGCAUACCAGAUUCGUGCUAGAAGAUUAUUUGACAGUGCACCUGCUAUCUCUUUUGAAGCCGUUGAGCGCGUUUUUAUGGAUGAUUUUGAAGGCAAACAUCCAAGCGAAAUUUUUGCUGAAUUUGAAAUGACACCAGUAGCCUCUGCUUCCAUUGCUCAGGUCCAUAAAGCAAGAUUGAAAAAUGGCGAUUUGGUGGCUGUCAAGAUACAGAAACCAACAAUUCAAAAACAAAUGGAAGGGGAUCUUGCUGCUUUUCGUACCUUACUUAAAGUGUAUGAGCGUGUCUUUGAUCUGCCCUUGUCUUGGUCCAGUGACUAUGUUGAAAGACAUAUGCGAAUGGAAGCCGAUUUUGAGAAUGAAGCAAGAAAUGCCCAAAAGGCUUGGGAGCAUUUAAAGAACGAGAAAUCUCUAAAAAAUAAGGUGUAUGUUCCCAAAGUCUAUGAAGAAUACAGCUCGAAAAGAGUUUUGGUUUGCGAAUGGGUUGACGGUAUUCAGCUGACAAACACAGAAAAGCUUAAGGAAAAGGGUUUGGAUUAUGUGGAAGCCAUGAAGACAACUGUAGAAGCAUUUGCUAGUCAGAUUUUCCGCAGUGGAUUUGUGCAUGCGGAUCCCCAUCCAGGCAAUGUGCUGGUAAGAAAACAUCCCAAAAAUAAGAAUCAAGUUCAAGUCAUCUUGAUAGACCAUGGACUCUAUAUUCAAGAAUCAGAAAAAUUUCGACUAGAGUAUUGUAAAUUAUGGGAAGCUCUGUUCAUGUUAGAUAUACCAAAAAUGACAGAAAUUUGUAAAGAAUGGGGCAUUAACGAUGCAAAUAUGUUUGCAUCCAUUACUCUUCAAAGGCCAUUUUCUGGUAAAAAAGCAGUCCAUCUUGAACAGCAUAUAGAUGUCAAAGACAUGUACGAGCUGCAAACGCACAUGAAAGAAAGAAUAAAGAACUUUCUGCGUGACCAAGCACUGUUUCCCCGAGAAUUGAUCUUUAUCUCAAGAAAUAUGAACAUUGUCCGAGCCAAUAACAAGGCAGUAGGAAGUCCAAUCAACCGCAUCAAUAUUAUGGCAAGAUGGGCUGUCAUGGGCAUUUCAAGAGAAAAAGGAACCUGGCUUAGUUGGCGAUCUGUUGUGUUUGAAUUGACUUUGUUAGCCAUGACUAUCAGUUUUUGGUUAGUUAGAUUUAGAGAUGCAUCCAACCGAUUAUUGUUUGGAUCAAAAGCUCGAGGACUCGAAGAUAUUUUGGAUGAAAGAAUGAAAGAACAGAUGUUUAAGCAAUUUGGUGUAGAAAUUGACCCAUCCGUAUUUGAUGGCUAGAGUAGAUCAGAAUGAUAUUUAGUUUAUAUACUUUGUUUAUUGGUUAACGAGAAAAGCAGUUUCUCUUGUAAAUAAAGCCAUUUUUAAGGAAGACAGU